AUGUCUGCCGCCGCAGCGUCCACCAACACCCCCUCGGAGCUCGCUGUGCCGACCAACAAGACCGCACAUGCCUUCGACAAGUCCGCACUGGAUGCGCUGCUUCUGAGGCGGUUCUUCUUCGCCCCAUCGUUCGAGAUUUAUGGCGGUGUCGCAGGUCUGUAUGACUAUGGGCCGACCGGCUCGGGUCUCCAGGCGAACGUCAUUGACGCAUGGAGGAAACACUACAUUAUCGAGGAGGACAUGUUGGAGCUGGAUACGACCAUUAUGACUCUUGCCGAUGUUCUCAAGACUUCGGGCCAUGUUGACAAAUUCACCGACUGGAUGGUGAAGGAUGUCCAGACUGGCGAGAUCUACCGAGCGGACCACCUCGUCGAAGCCGUCCUCGAGGGAAGGCUGAAGGGCAACACGGAGGCCCGAGGCGAGAAGGCAAAGGAGGUCAAGGAUGAGGAUCCGAAGAAGGCCAAGAAGAAGAAGAAUGUCAAGUCGGAGGCGAUCAGGCUGGAUGAUGAGGUCGUGACAGAUAUCGAGUAUAUCUUGGCCAAAAUUGACGACUAUAACGGUCCCCAGCUCGGCGAGCUCAUCCGCAAAUACAACAUUCGCAAUCCCACCACCAACAACGAAUUGACCGAGCCCGUCGAGUUCAAUUUGAUGUUCGAGAGUAACAUCGGUCCUACCGGUCAGAUCAAGGGCUACCUCCGCCCAGAGACCGCGCAGGGGCACUUCGUCAACUUUGGCCGUCUCCUCGAAUUCAACAACGGCCGUGUCCCCUUCGCGUCCGCCCAGAUCGGUAAGAGUUUCAGGAAUGAGAUUGCGCCCAAGCAGGGUCUGCUGCGAGUCCGAGAAUUCACCAUGGCCGAGAUUGAGCACUACGUCGACCCAUUGGACAAGCGCCACGCUCGAUUCCAGGAGGUCAAGGAUGUUGUCUUGACGCUGUUACCGAAGGAGGUGCAACAGGAGGGUCGCACGGAGUUGACGCAGAUGACCGUCGGGGAGGCAGUCGAGAAGAAAGUCGUUGACAACGAGACUCUCGGCUACUUCCUUGCUCGCACUCAGCUAUUCUUGGAGAAGAUCGGUAUCGACCCCAAGCGGAUGCGAUGCAGGCAGCACAUGGCAAACGAGAUGGCACACUAUGCCGCUGACUGCUGGGACUUUGAGAUCCAAUCUUCAUACGGCUGGGUCGAAUGUGUCGGGUGCGCCGACCGAUCAGCAUACGAUCUCUCGGUCCACGCCGCCCGCACCAAGGCGUCUUUGCGGGUCCAGCAAAAACUUGACGAGCCCAAGAUUGUCGACACAUUCGAGUGUCAUUGGAACGCCAAGGACGUGGGCAUGCGGUUCAAGAAGGACGCGCCGAUGGUUAAGGAGUUUGUGAGCGGGUUGGAGAAGGAGAAGCUGGAGUGUAUCAAGAAGGAGCUCGCGGAGAAGGGUACUUCGUCAGUCCAAUGUCCGGACGGCAAGUCAUACGACAUCACUUCGGACCUGGUCAAGGUGGAGGCCGUCACAAAGACUGAAUACAUGCGCGAAUUCAUCCCCAACGUCAUUGAACCUUCAUUCGGUAUCGGCCGCAUCCUCUACUCUCUGCUCGAGCACUCGUACUGGGCUCGAGAACAGGACAAGGCUCGUGGUGUCCUCUCCCUCCCCUCCCUUGUGGCGCCUAUCAAGGUGCUUAUCGUCACUAUCUCGCAAGACCCUCAACUUCGUAUUCUCAUCCACGACAUCUCUCGCAAGAUGCGCAAGAUCGGUAUCGCGUCUCGAGUAGACGACUCGUCCGCCUCCAUCGGCAAGAAAUACGCUAGGAACGAUGAGCUCGGUACGCCUUUCGGGUGCACUGUUGACUUUGCCUCUCUCACCAAGGGCACUAUGACACUUCGUGAACGAGACUCGACAUCUCAGUUGAUUGGCCCUAUCGACACGGUCAUCGAGGUCGUACAUGCCAUUGUAAACGGGACGAUGGACUGGCAGGCCGCGAGCGGUAAGCUGGAAUCGUACAGCGGUGUCCAGGACGUGGAAUAG